CACUCUAAAAUGGCAGGAAUCGCUACCAAAUCAUCAGCCUUAGUUUCGACGCUGUUGACACAAGCAAAGCCAAAGUUUGCAGUUUUCAUGAAGUAUGCAGCUGUCGAAUUAACACCACCAUCACCAGCUGAUUUACCAGCCAUUAAAAAUGGAAUUGUUAAAUUAGUAUCAGGCGCAAAGAAUGGAACCUGGAAAAAUUUGACUGUACGUGAAGCUUGGCUCAAUUCAUUAGUUGCCAUGGAAGUAUGCUUUUGGUUCUAUGUUGGCGAGUGUAUUGGCAAAAGACAUCUCGUAGGAUACAAGGUUUAAAUUCUUCAUUAUUCCUUCUAUGAAUGUAUCUAGUUAUUAAAAAUCUUUUCCUGCAAAAGCCACA